UGCGCAUCGCUGUUUUAUUUUCGAACCUCAUUGCGCGUAUGUCAUCUCUGAGGUCUUGCGUGACAGUCACGAUGAAAAAUAAUAUUAAAUAUUUCCAAGUAUCUCGUAUAUUUACGAUAAAAUCAUGUUUACAAAACCAAGUGGAUAUCUUUUCAAAAUAUACGUGAAAAAAUUAUCACCAUUCAAAUCUAUACUCGCUUUUUGAGAUGGUCGCAGUAAUCAACAGCGAUUAGUCAUCAUAUUUGGUCUACUCCCCUAUCUAAUUGCUGAGCAUAUUCACUCAGUAGGGCCUUAUCAUGAGCAAUUGUAAGGAAACGAUGGAGCUGAAAGAGGAUCAUGGCAGAAAACAAUCGUACUAUAGAUUUUGGCGUAGUAUACCUGAACGUAUCUCCAGAGGUAUAGAGCAUUUCUUCUAUCUGCUUGGAACAAAAAUUGCUCGAAAUCCAUUAAAAUGGAUGCUAGGAUGUUCUGUGAUUAUAUUAAUCUGCAUCUUGGGUUUAUUCCGUUUUCGACAAGAAAAAAAUCCGAUAAAACUUUGGAAUCCUUCAGACGCAGAAUUUGUAUUAGAUACUGAAUGGCUAAUGUCACAUUAUGAAGAAGCUUUAAGGAUUCAGACAUUUAUUUUAUCUGGUAAUAAUGUCUUAGAACCGCAAACACUUAUUAAGUUAAACGAAAUAACUAAAGAAAUGAUCUCUGUUCAAACAACCGAAAAGAUUUUUUGGACUGAUGUUUGUAUGAAAGUUCCUACCAUUUCUACCUAUGCUACUAAUAGGCAGAAACGACAAAACUCUUUCUUUGAAGACAUUUUCUUCGAUGAUGAUCUCUUCUCAAAAUUAAACGACUCGACGUUUGAACCUGUCAUUCAUUUCAAUACUGAACUAUAUUGCGAUGUAUUGAAUAACUUGCCUAAGUCUUGCCUUAUAUUUAGUAUUUUAGAUAUAUGGGAUUUUGAUAGUGCUAAAAUUGCGGAAGAUACAACAGAUGAAAUUAUUGAGAAAAUAAAUACAGUAAAAGUUAGUCCUACACUGGGACAUCCUAUGAACUUCAGUGAGCUUCUGGGAGGCAUAACUCUAGACGAAAGAGGUAGAAUUGUUGCCGCAACAGCUAUAAAGACGGACAUGAUGGUUCAUGUUAAUUUCCUUGAUGUGGACAUGGAUAAAAUAGGAAACACCGCGGGAACCGCUGAUUGGGCAACAGAAGAUGUGCUGAACUGGGAGUCCGCUUACCUGGAAGCAGCAAAAAACAUUUCAGACAAAUUGCAACACGAGAGAAACGAAAAUACCUCGUUGGUAUUUUAUUAUGAGGCUGGCAGAAGUUUCGGAGAUAUUAGCGGAACAUCCAUGUUUCAAGAUAUGGAUAAACUGGCUAUAGGAACUAUGUUAAUGUUUCUUUAUGUCUUGACGAUUCUAUCGAAAUCGAACUGGGUAGAGUGGCGAUUUUAUCUCACUACUAUUGGCCUUAUGUGCGUGGGCUCUGCGUUUAUACUCGCGGUGAGUUUAUGCUCACUAUUCGGGGUCCCUUACGGUCCGGUACACGCGUCUUUACCUUUUUUGCUCUUGGGUCUCGGAAUAGAUGAUAUUUUCGUAUUUAUGGCGUCAUGGAAGCAGAUACAUACCGACAAGUCAAUCUUAGAUAAACCAUUGACUGAAAAAGUCGGAAUAACUUUAGGUCAUGCUGGUUCUGCUAUCACCGUUACUUCAUUUACUGAUAUCGUGGCAUUCUUGAUUGGUGCUUGUACAAUAUUACCAUCGCUUCAGUCGUUUUGCAUCUACGCCGCAGUUGGUGUACUUGUAACGUAUCUGCUGCAAAUUACCUUUUUCGUCGGCUGUUUUACUUUGGACACUAAGAGAAUAGAGAAAAAGAGAAGUGGGGCGUUACCAUGCAUAGUGCAUGAAAAAUUCACGUCUGAGUUGAUAGAUCCGAGCAGUACAAUUUCUUGGAGAUUUAUAAACGUUUUGUACUCGCGUGUGAUAUUUACUACGAUUGGGAAAGUUGCUAUCGUAUUAAUUACAAUCACAAUGAUGUCUGCAGGCGUGGUGGGUACUGUUCAACUGGAACAAUGGUUCGACCCCCUUUGGCUGUUGCCAAAAGAGUCCUACCUGAAUCAGUAUUCCCUUAUUGUGAAGCAAAACUUUCCCGGUCAUGGAUUAAAUUCUUUCGUCGUUAUGGGAGACGGUGUUGAUUUCCCUUCUGAAAUGCCUAAGAUAAUAUCUUUAACAGAACGUUUAGAAAACGCAUCUUUCGUUCAAACAGUAGAGCCAUGGCCGAUUGAUUUUGCGAGAUUCGUGUCAACGUAUUAUAAAACAGAUUUAAAGACCACGACAAUCACAGACAGCGAAUUUCAUAAUUAUUUGUCGAAAUUUCUCGUUAGUCGAGCCGGUGGCAAAUAUCAAAGGAAUUUCUUCUUCAACGACACGUUCACGUGUGGUAGAAACACUCCACACAUCACUAUUGCAAGCAUCGACUUUAAAUUCAAGACCUUUAAAGGUCCUCACGAGUGGAUACCGGCGAUGGACGAUAGUAGACACAUAGCAAAAGAAGCGCAAAUUCAUGGAUUCGUAACGGUGUGGUGCAAAUUUUUCGGCCCGUGGACUAGCGACAAACUGAUCUCUCAGGAAGUAAUACGAAACGUCUUACUGGCAUUAGUCUGCGUCAUAGGUACCACGGCUAUCGUCAUCGCUGAGUUGCAGACCUGCUGGUGGAUUCUGCUCUGUGUACUUCUCACCUUGCUAGACGUUUGUGGCUUCAUGUAUUUCUGGGGAUUGACGAUAGAUAUAAUAUCUUGCAUCGGUCUCGAACUGGGCAUUGGUCUCAGCGUUGACUACGCCGCGCACGUAGCGCACGCCUUCCUAAAUACUGAAUCGCAUCAGGACGACCGCAACGCUCGCACAACGCGAGCGUUGAACGCGAUCAAGUACAUCGGUGCAGCGGUUGCAUACGGCGCCGGCUCAACGCUGCUCGCCAUCUCGAUGUUGGCCUUCUCGUCGUCUUACGUAUUCGUGUCCUUCUUCAAAAUAUUUCUCUUGGUGGUCCUGUUCGGACUCUGGCACGGACUGAUCUUCUUGCCGGUUGUACUGAGCGUCAUUGGGCCACGAAGUUUACGCUCGACACAGCGACAGCCGAUGUCCGAGAAAGCCGCCAUAGCCGACGACGAGAAUUAAAGAACAAAGAAAUUGCGGAUAGUGCUCUUUCAGACAUCCUCGUUCUUUAUCAAUAAUAUUUAUUUUUGGUUCAAUAAACAUACAAAAUUAUUACA